AUGAACAACGAGUAUCGAUCGGGAGGACGUGGUGGAGGAUUUCAUCAUCAUCAGAGAGGUGGUCAUCGCCAGCCACACGGAGGAAGGGGCCCUUACAAUGAUAACCGAGGUGGUAGUGGUAGAAAUUUACAGGAUGAUGGAUAUUAUGAUAGAAAUGAGGGAGGAGUGGGUGGAUAUUACGACAGAGAUUCACAAUCAAACUCACAACAACAAGAUUCAACAACUAAUACGACCGGAACAAAUCAGGUAGCACAACAAAAACUGAGUCUUGCUGUAGUUUGUGCCUCUAAUCAAAACAGAUCCAUGUCUGCUCACUAUUUGCUUUCAAAGAAGUAUGGAAUGACUGUGAGUAGCUUUGGUACAGGUUCAUCUGUCAAGUUGCCUGGUAAAACAAGAGAUACUCCGAAUAUUUAUGACUUUGGUACACCAUACCAAAGAAUGUUUGACGAUUUGAAACAACAAGAUGAGGAAUUUUAUACAAACAAUGGAUUGUUAAAAAUGUUAACAAGAAAUGCUCAAAUCAAGCCAGCUCCAGAAAAGUGGCAAGAAAAUACCAAGCAUUUUGAUGUUGUAGUUACUUUUGAACUCAGAGUGUUUGAAGCGGUUAUUGACAGUAUUGUAUCAAAUAAUAUUUAUUACGACAGACCAAUACACGUGAUAAACCUCGAAGUUAUUGAUAACCAUAAAGAAGCUGAGAGAAAUGCUAAAACAAUUGCAGAAUUCGUGAAACAUUUAAAUGAUAGCAACGAUUGGGAAAACGAUAUUACUCAAUUAAUAGCAGAUUUCGAGAAAAAGCACAAACAAGAAUUGAUGCACCUUGUUUUGUUUGCUUAA